AUGCCUGCAGGACAUCUUGCAACAAUGUCAUGGCUUAAUCUUGCUGUAGGCCCUAACACAACGAAUUCGAUCUUUGUUGGAUUCGAAGCUCAGUACUUAUUUGCCAAUCAGUCUCAUGUCAACCAAAACCAGCCAACGAUACUCGUAAACGUUCAAAGGUCCCCAUACUUGAACAUCAUGGACAAGCGAAAACUCGUUGACUCGGAUGCACUGGUAUCUCAAGGAAUCUUGUUAAUGCAAGAUAUAUUCACUUCGGCAGUAGCACAAGAAAUGUCGAAGAAGAUUUUUAAGAAGUGGAAUACAACAGGGCGCAUAAGUACAAAAUCUUGCACCGGUAACAUCUUUCAACAAGGAAGCCAUGUCUCGCUGGAAUUUCCCCCCUUGCCAUCACAUAUUCAGCCUCCACCACCUCGGGACUUCAUUCUUGCACCUUCAAGUAGAAUACCUAAGGCAACCCUGCAGGCGUCCCGGGAGUUCAUCCUCGCACCACAGGCCGUCCAACCAACAACCAACCUUCGUCCUUUGGGUCCUCCCCCAGCCCGGGAGUUCAUCCUCGCACCACAGGCCGUCCAACAAACAACUAACCUUCGUCCUUUGGGUCCUCCCCCAGCCCGGGAGUUCAUCCUCGCACCAUCUGCUGUACACCGCAGGACUGCUUGUGGGCCGCAUACUCGCGUGACAUCACCUCAGCGCUCUGUAGUAGUUCCUGCGCAAGAAACCACUGAACUCACUUCACGUAUCGACAAUCAUCUCGUCAAUCCACCGAGAUUCAGCAGCCCUACCACCACCAUACGUUCAAUUUCAACAGAAUCGGAUGUGUCCAGUUCCUCAAAGUCACUUUCCGUCGAACUUCCGACACGAUCACAAGUCAUUUCUACUUGUUUCAGUGACACUGAGCCGAGUAGCGGACUCGGACUUAGAGUGACAGGCGUUGAUGGUAGUACCACAGCGGACUCUGCUAUUGGCUCCGUCUCAGAGGGUUCAGAUGCUGUGCGCCAUGUGAUGCCUAACACUAGUACCAAUGCCUCCGAUUUUACGACAAGUGUGUGGCUAAUGGUUGUCGGCAUCACUCCCAAAGUCAAGCGCAUUAGGCCGAAGCUUACGUCGGCCCAAAAGGCUUCGCGUCAUGACAAGGCCGUUGACCUUUCCAAUGCUAUCAACGAUGCACGCGAAGCAUAUCGAGAGGAAGCAGCCACUAUUUCGGAAAAAUACAAACGGAGCAUUAAAUGGACUCGGCUUCAAUUAUACAAUAACCGAGGGCUGCACAAGCGCAGGAGCCCAAACGCAUGGAACGCGUUCACAAGUCAAAAGCUAAAUGAAGCGAAUGAAGAUCUUCCUGCCAGACGACGCUGGAAACUCACAGCAUUCAUCGCGGAACAUCAGCAAGAUCUCACCGCUGAAUAUGAAAAACUCAGGCACCAUGUCCUCAAUUUACACGAGAACCGCAUCAAAAUUGUGCGUUCAAAUCCAAAGGCAUUACAAAAACAAGUCAAUGCGAUGUUUGAGAGCAUGGAACAAGAAUGGCAAAAUAUCACGGCUAGAACGGGAGUCGAGGGCUUCUAUGUUGCCGUUCGUGGGGACGUUGAGCACUUUCACGAGUCGAAGAUUUUUUACACACCUAAGGCGAAGUCUUUCAUCAAAGAAAUCACCCAUCUAGACCCAAAGCGCUUUGCACUGAAGUUUGAAUCAUGGGUGACGGGGAACUUUGAUAACCAUGCUGAUGCAACACAACGCCUGUCUCCUUCGAAGCUUAUUAGUCUGUGUCGAACUAAUAUUCAAGAGGGUCUCAAUGCGAUCAAUACAAAAAACAAACUGUCGAAGAAGAAGAUCAAUAUGAACUAUGAUAACUACGAGAGCAAAAUUGUCGAGAAGCACGGGAUCAUUCUUGAAGGGUGGAUGUACGGACAAGUUCAAAAUCCCGGAAAGAUUGGGCGCCGUGAAGAUCUAGUGACUCUCCUUAACACGUUGGUGAAUGGCCGCUGUGUGUGGGUUAAACUGAGUGAACAAGAUUUGGAGCAGCGCAUGGAAAGCAACCGUGAGCGUGCCAAGAAUGGCGAGUCCAUCUACAAGCCUCGCAAGACCAUGAAAAAGAAUCCAGCUGGCGCUGCUAAAAGUGCAGCAGUGAUCGAGGAUAGCGAUGUGUCCCACGACGAGAGUGAGGAGGAAGACGAGCGUGAGAUGCAGUUGGUGCAGGACCAUGGUGCAGCGGUCGAGGAGUAGUCACUAUCCCAGUCACGGUACAGCGUCAUCUAUGUCAGAACACUGGAACACUAGAAUACUGAAUACAUGAUAAGUGAAGGCCUGAAAUACAACGAGUUCAAUGCAAAAACACUAGCACCCACUAUUAUAAACACCUCCA